CCAUACAGACUGAUUCAGAUCAGAGCGGUCUUCAGUAAUAGACUCGUUCACUGUUGGGAGUCAGAGCGUGAACGCGCCUCAUGCGCUUGCACAGAGUUUGGCAAAAUGGCGGACAAAACGCCAGGUGGGGCGCAGAAAGCCAACUCUAAGGCUUUAUUGGAAAGUAAGUUAAAGGCCUUCAGUAUCGGCAAGAUGGCAGUUGCAAAAAGAACACUAAGUAAGAAAGAGCAAGAUGAACUCAAGAAGAAGGAGGAUGAAAGGGCAGCAGCGGAGAUCUAUGAGGAAUUCCUCGCUGCGUUUGAGGGAGGUGAAGGAAAGGUCAAGACCUUUGUACGUGGUGGGAUUGCUAAUGCUACUAAAGAGGAAGCGGCAGCUGAUGACAAAAAAGGAAAGCUCUACAAACCAAAAUCAAGGAUUAUGGAGGCUAAAAGUUUUUUACCUUUGGAAACUCCACCACAGUUUUUAUCAUUAGAUAAACGCAAUGCAUCCAAGAAGGGAGACAAAGAAAAGAAAAAGAGCAACCUUGAACUCUUCAAAGAAGAACUUAAACAGAUACAGGAGGAGCGUGAUGAACGGCACCGGUUGAAGGGCCGAGUCAGUCGUUUUGAGCCUCUUCCCACAAUGGAAGGAAAGCGAUCCUCGGAUGGUUCUUCACGAAGAAACCGUCCGUCCAGUGUUUUGGACGAUUGUGCUCCUGGCUCACACGAUGUUGGUGAUCCGACAACUACGAAUCUCUAUUUGGGGAACAUAAAUCCUCAGAUGAAUGAGGAGAUGCUCUGUCAGGAAUUCGGUCGCUAUGGGCCAUUAGCCAGUGUGAAAAUUAUGUGGCCCAGGACUGAUGAGGAAAGGGCCAGAGAACGGAAUUGUGGUUUUGUAGCCUUCAUGACGAGGAGAGAUGCUGAACGUGCACUUAAACAUUUAAAUGGCAAAAUGAUAAUGAAUUUUGAAAUGAAACUGGGAUGGGGCAAAGGUGUACCAAUUCCUCCUCACCCCAUUUACAUUCCACCUUCAAUGAUGGAGCACACCCUCCCGCCUCCACCCUCUGGACUGCCCUUCAAUGCCCAGCCAAGAGAGAGGCUGAAGAAUCCCAGCGCUCCUAUGCCUCCCCCUCCAAAGUGCAAAGAGGAGUUUGAGAAGACUCUGUCGCAAGCCAUAGUCAAAGUGGUUAUCCCAACAGAAAGGAAUUUGCUCUCUCUCAUCCAUCGAAUGAUCGAAUUUGUGGUGCGUGAAGGUCCAAUGUUUGAAGCCAUGAUCAUGAACCGGGAGAUCAACAAUCCGCUCUACAGGUUUUUAUUUGAAAAUCAAAGUCCUGCUCAUGUUUAUUACCGGUGGAAGUUAUACACCAUAUUACAGGGCGAUUCUCCAACAAAAUGGAAAACAGAAGACUUUAGAAUAUUUAAGAACGGAUCUUUCUGGCGACCGCCACCUCUCAACCCAUAUUUGCAUGGCACGCCUGAAGACGAGGAGCGUGAUGAUGAAGAUGACGAUGAUGAAGAUGAUGAAAUCAGCAAGAAGGGCGCUUUGAAAGACAACGAGAGGGAUAAAUUGGAGGAGUUACUCCGAGGUCUCACGCCAAGGAAGAGCGACAUAGCUGACGCCAUGUUUUUCUGCCUCACACAUGCUGACGCAGCCGAAGAGAUUGUGGAAUGCAUUGCUGAGUCUCUCUCCAUACUUAAAACCCCUCUGCCAAAGAAGAUUGCAAGGUUAUAUUUGGUGUCAGAUGUGCUGUAUAACUCAUCUGCAAAAGUUGCUAAUGCUUCCUAUUACAGAAAAUUCUUUGAAACAAAACUCUGCCAGGUAUUUUCUGACCUAAACGCCACAUAUAAGACAAUACAGGGCCAUUUACAAUCCGAGAAUUUCAAGCAACGAGUAAUGUCCUGUUUCCGUGCAUGGGAAGACUGGGCAGUGUAUCCCGAUCCAUUCCUGAUUAAACUUCAGAACAUCUUCCUGGGCCUCGUCAGUCUCGAUCCUGAAAAGGAGACUGUAGACGUGUUACCUGAGCAACCAGAAAUGUCGGAGGACGUUGAUGGUGCUUCUAUUGUGGAGGAGGAGCUGGAUGGUGCACCUUUGGAUGAUGUUGACGGCAUGCCCAUAGAUGGAGCGCCAAUUGAUGGUGCACCACUUGAUGACCUGGAUGGAAUGCCCAUCAAGGGGACAGAUGAUGAUCUAGAUGGCGUUCCUUUGGAUCAAAAACCAGGCUUUAAGGUGGCCCCGUCAAAAUGGGAGGAAGUGGAUGGUACUGCUUUGGAGGCUCAAGCUGUAACCACAUCCAAAUGGGAAAUCUUUGAUCUACCCGAUGAACCUGAGAAAAGCAAAACAAGUGCAACACGAGAAACUGAGAGUAAAGACUCUCUCAAGAGCUCCAGCGCUGCAGAUCAGCAGUCCUACAGUAAUCCUGUUAGAGAAGAAUAUGAUUUAAAGUCUGCUAAGUUUUCUGAGAUGAGCGAGGAGAAACGUGCCAAACUACGAGAAAUCGAGCUGAAAGUCAUGAAGUUUCAAGAUGAGCUUGAAUCUGGAAAACGCCCAAAAAAAUCUGGACCGAGUAUUCAAGAACAAGUAGAGCUUUACCGGGACAAGUUACUACAGCGGGAAAAGGAGAAAGAGACAGAGAAAGACAAAGAGAAAGAAAAAGAGAGAAAAGACAAAGAAAAAUCUGAUGUGUCCCACAAAGAGAAGGACAAAGAUGACUCCACCCCGGGCAGAAAAGAAAAAAAACGGAGGCAUAGUCCCUCCCCCAGUCCCACCCGAAGUAGCAGCAGUAGGCGCGGCAGGUCACCCUCACCUCGAUCAGAGCGCUCCGAUAGAUCUUUUACAAAAGACAGCUCUCGAUCGUCUUAUAAAGACUCUCCAAGAGAAAGUAACCGCAAGUCAUCUAAAAGGUCUCCUUCACCCCCAAGAACGCCUAAGAGGUCACGGAGGUCCAGAUCGAGAACACCCAAAAAAUCCUCAAAGAAAUCCAGAUCUCGGUCACGAUCUCCUCACCGUUCUCACAAGAAAUCCAAAAAAAGCAAACACUGAGACUUCUGGGAAGAUGCCUGGGUUGUCUUUUGUGCCUCAGAUUUGUCCGGUAAAUCAGUGUGAAGGACAUUCCCUCUUUCACCCCUCCUUUUUGAACCUCACUCACAUUGGCACAAGAACAGUGUUCAAGGGUCAUCUAUAGGGUGUUUUAUAAUGUCAUUUAGGAGCUUCCUUUGAUGUUCAAAGUGUCCAAAAAGAAAAUAACUGCAGUGGUUGGUGCAAUCCUCCAAAAACAUGAAAACUAUUGUCUUACAAUUUUUUUUUUUUUUUUUUUUUUGGUCAUUGUUUUUAGAUCCCUUGAAACUGACUUAAAUUAAACUAGUGUAAGUUUCAGUUGUAUAGAUGUUUGCUUUUCAAUAAAGACAAUUUAUGUGACUUUUCUUUGAAA